AUGCCAAUUUAUGGUCUAACCAUCACCCAGCGGUCUAUUUCUAGUCGCGCCUUGAUUUAUAAAGCACUUAAUGCUAGAUCAAUUUCUCGCCUUUUCCCCAAUCGGUCAUAUUCGUUUGCUUCCACAAUGUCUAUCUCCAAACAAACAGAAGUAGAGAAAUCUCCAACUACCAAAGAUAUGGCUACCUCGCCAUAUUACAAUCAAGGCAUUACCUUGUCCGAGGCAUCCCGUGCUAAGCUAGGCUUGCGUGGUUAUCUACCAUCUGCCGUAGAAAGUCUCGAAAAACAAAAGGAACGUGCCUUAAUCAUGUUACGCUCAAAGAAAACAUCUCUGGAUAAAUAUAUCUUUUUGGCUCACUUGCGAAACACAAAUACGCAUUUAUUUUAUAAGCUUACGUGCGAUGAGCUAGAGGAAAUUGCUCCCCUUAUAUAUACCCCCACUGUUGGAGAGGCUUGUCUAAACUACUCCAAUAUAUAUCCUUUUCUUGCACCACCAGGUUCUUCUGAUGGUCUCUAUCUCACAUUGAACGAUUUGCCUAAUAUCGAAGAAAUUAUUCGCAACUAUCGACCAAUCACUGGUCAAUCAGGAGGUUUCUCUCCAGAAAUUGCAGUGAUUUCUGAUGGAUCUCGUAUCCUUGGCUUAGGCGACCUUGGCGUAAAUGGCAUGGGAAUCCCGAUUGGAAAGCUUCAGCUCUAUGUUGCUGGUGCUGGAAUCGAUCCUCGAAAGACUUUGCCAAUUCUACUUGAUCUCGGUACCAACAACAAAAAAUAUCUAGAAGAUCCAUUGUAUGUUGGUCUCAAGCAGACCCGCCCAGAUGAAGACACAUUUUAUUCUGCCGUUGAUAAAGUGCUCGCUGGCCUACACACAGUUUACCCAGAUCUUUUAAUCCAGUUUGAGGAUUGGUCUUCUGAACACGCUUUUGGAUUGCUGAAUAAAUAUAAAAACAAGAUUCUUACAUUUAACGACGACAUUCAAGGAACAGGUGCCGUCAUUUUGUCUGGACUUAUGAAUGCCAUUCGCAAAGUGGAGUCUGAGUCUAAAGUGGCUCCUAAAGACCACCGAAUAGUAUUUUACGGUGCAGGCUCCGCUGCUGUCGGAGUAGCCACCCAAAUUCAAGAAUAUUUCCAGACCGAGUACAAUAUGACAGAGGACGAGGCCAAGAAGGUGUUUUGGCUGGUAGACAGUAAGGGAAUGAUUACCCAAGAUCGUGGCGAUAAACUGGCAAACCACAAGGUGUAUUAUGCCAGAGAUGAUAACAACGGCAAACAAUUCAAGGAGCUCACAGAUAUAGUUGAUUAUGUAAAACCAACAGUUCUUAUUGGUUUAUCAUCAUCAACUGGAGCCUUUAAUUCCAAGGUACUCUCUCGUCUAGCUGAGCUCAACAAGCAACCCAUCGUUUUCCCACUUUCCAACCCGGCAUCCCAAGCCGAAUGCACCUUUGAGCAGGCUAUGGAGAGUACUAAUAAUUCAGUGGUCUUUGCAUCUGGUACUGCCUUCCCACCAUACACUGAUCCUAAAACUGGUGAAAUACACGUGCCUGGUCAGGGAAACAACAUGUACAUCUUCCCUGGGCUUGGACUUGGUGCUGUCCUAGCCCACCCGAAGCUUAUUUCAAACAGCAUGAUAUACAGUGCUGCAAAGGCUCUCGCUAACUCGCUUACACCCGAAGAGCGUGGGCAGGGCUGGCUGUAUCCAUCCCUCAAGCGUAUUCGUGCCGUAUCUGCCGAUGUGGCUGCCGCAGUAUGUGAGACGGCAUGCCAAGAAAACUUAGCCAGAUCUCAAAUUAUUACAAAUCUCAAGACACAUGACGAGAUUGUAAAACAUGUUACUGCCAAUAUGUGGUCUCCUACCCAGGACACUGCUGCCGACACCCGUCAAGAUGUCUACCAGGAGGCCAAUUCAUAA